AAAUAAACGUAGACAAUCAUUCAUCUCUAAGAUACUUUUAGUCGUAACGAGUUAAGUCAUGGGCAAUGAGGCCAAGGUUAAGCUACUUCCUUGCUCAGCUGCAGAAGAAGAGCAAAAUCAGUUAUAUAGUAGGUUAUGGAUAGAAUCAAAGCAGCUAUGGAUAGUUGCUGGACCUGCCAUCUUAACUCGACUAUCUAUGUAUGGUACCUUCAUCAUAGCUCAAGCCUUCAUUGGCCACAUCGGAGACACCGAAUUGGCUGGUCUCUCCAUCGUUUAUCAUGUCCUCGUUCGCUUCUCCAUUGGAGUAAUGACGGGCAUGUCUAAUGGACUAGGAACUCUAUGUGGGCAAGCAUAUGGAGCAAAACAAUAUCACAUGUUGGGGAUAUAUUUGCAGAGGUUUUGGUUGAUUGAGUUCUUCUUUUGCAUUCUACUUCUCCCUCUCUUUAUCUUUAGCGCUCCAGUUCUGAAGUUGCUUGGGCAAAGUGAUAAGGUAUCAGGUAUGGCAAACAUAAUAGCAGUGUGGUAUAUACCUAUAAUGGUAUCUCAUGUCUUCCGUUACACACUUCGGAUGUAUCUUCAAACACAUGGUAAGAACAUGGUGGUGACAUGGUCGGGGGUUGUGACUCUCAUACUUCAAGUAAUUGGUUGUUGGAUUCUGGUGGAGAAUAUGAAAUUGGGAGUUGCAGGUGUGAUGCUGGCCAUGGAUAUUGCAAGCGUAAUUCCUAUAAUUGGGCUGUUGAUGUAUGUUUUUUGUGGAGGUUGUCCUCUAACAUGGAAAGGAUUCUCCAUGCAUGCAUUUUCUGAUCUAUGGCCAAUGGUGAAACUUUGUGUGUCUUCAGGUGUGAUGCUUUGCUUGGAGAUGUGGUACAACUCGGUGUUAAUUCUAAUCACUGGCAACACCAAAGACGCGGUGGUUUCAAUCGACGCUCUCUCUAUUUGCCUUAAUAUCAAUGGUUGGGCAAUGGUGCUUUCCUUCGGUUUCCUCGCAGCAGCAAGUGUUAGGGUUUCAAAUGAGCUUGGGAGGGGAAGUGCCAAGGAAGCAAAGUUCGCAAUAAUAGUGGUGGUUUCAACUGCUGUAGUAAUUGGGAUUGUGUUAUUGGGCUUGGUAUUGGCUUUUAAAGAUAAAAUAUCCUAUAUUUUUUCAAAUAGCGUAGAGGUAGCCAAUGCUUUUGAGGACCUCUCCAUACCUUUGGCCUUUUCUCUCCUAUUGAACAGCAUUCAACCCGUUCUCUCUGGGGUUGCUGUUGGUGCUGGGUGGCAAAGCAAGGUUGUGUAUAUCAACCUCAUUUGUUAUUACUUUGUAGGGCUUCCUAUUGGUGUCUUCCUUGAUUAUAUUGGCAAUCUCGGUGUGAAGGGUGUAUGGAUGGGAAUGAUUGGAGGCACUCUUGCUCAGACUUUGGUGCUUCUUUACUUCACCUACAAGACAGAUUGGGAUAUGCAGGUCUCUAUAGCAAAGACACGGGUAAAUAAAUUGGCAAUACCUCCUCCGGAUGAAUUGGACAAUACCAAUGCUUCAGGAAACAAUUAA